AUGUGUUAUUACUUGAAAUUGAAAUAUUUUACACUUCAUGGUCCUUUGCCUGGUAUGCCACCACAAUUUCUUCUAGGAAAUUUAGCUCAGUCAGGUCUUUUGUUUGAUAAAGCAUCUCUUCCUGAAGCACACAUCGCAUUUAAACAGCGAUAUGGCGAUAUAUAUCAAUUUUGGAUUAGUUCAACACGUCUGAUUGUCGUAAAUAAUUUAAAUGACAUCCAACACAUAUUUACUCAUCGAAAUAUUUACGAUCAAGGCGAUAUAUAUGUUCAAAAGUUCAGUAUUGUUAUCCCACAUGGGCUCAUUUCGAGUAAAGGUGCUAAGUAUAAACGACAUGCAGGACUUACUUUGCCAUUAUUUCGUCGUGGAAAGAUAGUAUCAAAUUUCGACUUGAUUGUCGAUUGUGUGGACAAACUUUUAAUUAGAUGGCGUACAAAAUCCCCUCAACAUGUGCAUCUAGAUAUUGUUCAACAAUCCCAAAAUCUUCUGCUUGCCAUCUUUGGAUUAAUUGGCUUCGAUUAUGAUAUGGAAACUCUCGAUAAUGAUAACGACACAAAUAAAAACGAACUUACUAAAGCUCUACAAUAUUUUUUAAGUAAUUUCAAUAUCAUGCUCUUCUCACCAAAAAUUUUAUCUACUAUCUACUUUAAACUGAGUUCGCAAUAUCGACAAUCACAGAAAACCAUUGAGCAGUAUUUUGAUCGAAUGAUUAAACAAGAAUUAGACAAUGGAAAAGAAUUGAUAGCACAACGAAAGAGAACAUCUCUGAUAGCGUCGCUCGUUGGUUCGCUUCAACAAGAUGAAGAAAUGGAGACAAAUAAAAGUGAAGAGGAUAGAAAAGGUCUUUCUCGAAAUGAAUUGCUAGAUGAGAUGCGUCUCUUUCUCUUGGCUGGUUUUGAAACUACUUCAACUGCUUUAGCUUGGUUCAUUCAUCUCAUGAGUAAACAUCCACAAGUCCAACAGAAUAUCAAGACAGAAUUAUCAAAUAACAAUAGCCAAGGACUCUUGUCACUCGAUCGGCUCGAUUCACUCGUCUAUUUGGAUUGUGUUAUUAAAGAAGUAUUUCGUUUUUGUCCACCCAUCAAUGGAACAGUUCGCACAUUGACUGUAGAUGAUCGUUUACCAGAAACUGGUGCUCAACUAUUUCGAGGUGAUCAAAUUCUUAUUCCAUUUCAUAGUCUUGCACGAGAUACACGUUAUUGGUCAAUCGAUCCUGAACUUUUCUAUCCAGAGAGAUUUCUUGGUGCAGAUAAGGAUCAUCAUCCUUAUGCAUUGAUUCCAUUUGGUGGGGGUCAUCGUCAAUGUAUCGGGCAAGAUUUAGCUCGAUUCGAAUUAAAGGUAAUCGCUGCUAGAUUAAUGCAAUAUGUUACAUUCGGUGAUGGCGGUAAUCAAGUUAAUUCAGGUGGACAUCUAUCAAAGCUCACUAUUAUACCCAAACAUGUCGGUGUCACUAUUGACUUUGACAAAUAA